GCCUUAUAAAUUUAAAACCCUAGUUACCUCCCUCACUCCAGAUCACCAUUUCCUCUGGGACUUGUGUGAUCUCUUCAUCAUCUUCUUCAAUCAUCAUAUAUAUAAAUCUUUACUGUAUAUUAUCUGAUAUAUAUAUAUAUAUAUCGAUGGAGAAAGUAACGAACUUGGCUUCGAAAUACAACAUCCUGAUCUUCAGCAAGAGCACGUGCUGCCUGUGCUACGCAGUGCAGAUACUGUUUCAAGAACUGAAUGCCCAUGCUCACGUGCACGAGCUCGACCAGGACCCCGACGGCAAGGAGAUCGAGAAGGCCCUCAUCAGGAUGGGCUGCAGCGGCCCUGUACCCGCCGUCUUCGUCGCCGGAAAACUCCUCGGAUCCACCAAUGAAGUCAUGUCCCUCCACCUCAGUGGCUCCCUCAUUCCCCUCCUCAAACCUAAUCAGCAGUCCUGUUCUGCCUGUUUGUCCUAAUUAACUCCAUUCCCACCAUUCCUCUCCUUCAUUCCAUUCCAUGAAUUAAUCAAUAAGAUCGUCAUCAUCAUCCAUUAAUUAGUAUCUCUUGCUGUCGUGCUGUUUGUCGAUAAAUUAAGCUAAGAAGUGUGCCCGGGUUCUAUUAUUAUUAUAUUAUCUUUAUUAAUGUGGAUAGAUUUGUAUUUAGCUAGUUAUGCUUUCUGCUUCUGCUCACUGGAAAAAAAUGGAGUAUGUAAAAAUGUGAUGUAGCUUUGCAAUUUUACCAAUUAAUAUAUUUUACUUCACGUUGUAGAA